AUGGCCUCCUCACCAGCUCCCCAGGUUCACAUCUUGGACAAAUCGGACUAUACAAAGCAAUACUUGGUCGCGCUCCAUAAUGCGGACCCUCUGCCCGAUCUAGCGGCCCGUGAGAUCCGUAUCCGUAGCAGGAUUAUCUCCAAUACGACCAACAAUUUUACAUAUGCGCGACUUGGUCAUCUCUUCGGCUGGUGGAAUGUUUGGGCUGCAGUUCCGUCACUGCCUGCGCCAUAUGAUGAUGCUUCCAAGUACGGUCGCGUAUCUGCUUGGGGAUACGGCGAAGUGAUUGAGAGCAAAAAUGAUAGAGUGCCUGUUGGCACCAAGCUGUAUGGCUACCUUCCCAUCGGGAAUUAUCCCGAGAUACUUCAGGUAACCGUUGAAGAUGAGACUGGACACGUCUUGGAGACGAGUGAGCGAAGGGCUAGUCAAAUGAAGAUAUACAACCGAUAUAUAUCGUACCCUCCAGAGCUGGACUUGGAGGCAGACAAAUCGUCUCGAGGCUUAGACUCUGCCCUUCGUGUCUUCUUUGAGACGAGCUACAUGCUAAACCGGUAUGCGUUUGCUUGGGACUCAACCAAGCUCUCCCACCCGCUUGGUGCUCCGCUACCUUGGAGUUCAAGCGAUGCUGAUCUCGCAAACGCCGUGGUGGUGCUCCUUGGGGCUUCUGGAAAGACGGCACUCUCGUUUGCAUAUCUAUUGCGUCAAUCGAGGCCCGCUGAGCAACGGCCUCGCAAGGUCGUGGCGGUUGGAUCAGCCCAAUCACGCAGCUUUACUGAAGCAACUGGUCUAUAUGACGACUUGCUACUGUAUACAGAUAUUUCGAGCACGGAUGAUAGCAUUGCUACCCGGCUGGGUAUCGACGCCAACACCAAAGUGCUGCUCGCCAAUUUUGGCGGGAGAGGUACAGUUGAUGAGGAUCUGCAUGCCAUUCUUACGCGUGCCUCAAAAAGUGUGAUUAUUCUCAUCGUCGGUGGUGAUCCUCAGGGAAAAGGCUCCAAGCUAAACGCCCUGACGGAAGUGCCCGGCAGCGGUGUCGCUGUGUGCAAUGCUUCUGGCUUGCGAGACUCUGGGAUGAAGAGUGAUGGAACAGCAGGGUAUUUUGAGAGUCUCUCACAAGAAUGGACGCGACUCAAAGAGAAUGGAGGUAUCAAAGGGCUGACACUUCAAUGGGGUAAAGGAAUGGAAGAUUAUAGCAAGGGUUGGGAUGCGCUCUGCAAUGGAAGCAUUGACCCGACGCUUGGCCUAGUAUAUGAAGUGUAG